AUCCUGUAACAGGUUACCUGUCAUAAAUUGAGGUUAUAAAGGCCAGAAAAGAGCUUUGUGUUUGUUUGGUGUUUGUGUUCGUUGAAGAUGUUUCAUAACUCCUAGUUUUAUUAAAUUUAUUUAUUAUUUUAUUUAAAAGUGUAUAUUUUAUUAAUUGAUAAUAUAUUUAAGACUGUUUAAAAAUGUCCUCAAACAAAAAUAAUGCGAGAAAUUCCAGAAAAAAGAAGUCAACGUUGUUGUCUCAACCAGAAGUGCAAAGGGAGUUUACAGUGAUUCGAGUGGCUAUAAGAAGACCGGAUAUUGUGGCAACAGGGCCACAGAGACCUAUUCAAAGAGGAAUCGAUGAUCCAAAUAAAAUAUACAUUCCAAGAUCAGGUGACAGCAAAAUACCUAUAUUUGACAGAGACGAUGUUCUCUGCAAUGAGGUCAACUACAACGAGGAAGAAAAACUUUCUAUCGAUCGCAAUGAAACCACGCGAACGGUGUACAAAAGUCCGAACCGAGGAAAGUCGAAAACCCCUUCCAACUCUUAUCGCAGGAGUCGCAGCUACUCGCCCAAUAGCGACUCGGAAAGGAGGAGGGAGAAACAAAAGAGGGGCAGGUCGAGUAGGUCCGGGUCCGGCGACCGCUACGGCAAGAGGAGGUCUAGAUCUCGAGAUUACUCCCCCAAGAAGGAUUAUGCGAAAAGACGAUCGCGAUCGAGGGAGUAUUCGCCCCCGCGUAAACCUGGGGAGUACAGACCUAGGAAAACCGAGGGGAGGAGGCGGUCGAGGGAGGUUUCUCCCCCGCUAAGACCGGGAGAAUACAGGCCGAAAAAAUCGGGUGUUGCGCGUAGAUCGAGAUCUAGAAGUCCAGAGUUUUCAGAUAAACACAGACGUAGUAGAUCUCUAUCGCCGAAAGCAUCAACCUCAAAAAGAUACAGUAGAUCGCCGAAAAGAGAUGUAAGAAAAUCCCGCUCUCCUGGAAAAUAUGGAAAGUCGUUUAGGCAUGACGAUAGAAAAAGAAGCAGAUCGCCUAGAUACGAUAGCGGGCACAGGAGUAAGGAGAGGAGGUCGUCUAGAUCACCGCACAGAAAAAGUUCUCCUGAUUACAAACAUCGGAGAGACAGCAGCAGGUCGCCGCCAAAAUACGACAGAAAAAGGUCGUUCGACAGGCGCAGAACGCGAUCCCCGCACCCCCCAAUCGUCACUUUCGAUAGACCUUCAACAAGUAGAAGGAGCAGAUCUCCGAGAAGUUACUCCAAAUCGAGGAGAAGUAGAGACAGAUCGCCCCCGAAAAUCCCACCGCAAUUUCCCUACUACGAGGCUCCGGAAUUCUGGAUUCCCCCCAUAAUGCCUUUCAGGCCCGCGCUGUACCCCGCCCCGUUCCCCCACGCAAUGCCCGGGCCCAGGCUUAUGUACCCCAGGGGCAUCGACAUGAUGUACCCGUACCCCAGACCCCGAUUCCCGGUCUACAACAGCCCGAAGACGAUAGUUAAAAAGUCCGUGGCGGAAAUAUCGUCCACAUCCGCAAACUCCGCAGAACAAAACGCAGUGGGGGAAAACAGCGAGGCUGUACAGUCGACGUCGCAAGAAAAUGAGGAAAAUAAAACUAAUACUGCUGAUACCACUCCUGCAGAUAAAAAAGAAGAUUGAUGCAUUUUUACCUACUAUAUUAAGUGUGAUUUUAACUAUUAAGUG